AUGCCAAUGGCAAAUCCAUUCCAAUCGUUUUCAUCAGCGGUCGGACGAGACAGUAAUGUGAGAGAGCAUAAGCAAACAUUCGACGAGCUCUACGGAGAGCCGGAGAACUUUUUAGAGGUUGAUGUGAUUAAUCCGAUAACGUAUGGAUCCCAGCCUUCCAAUAUGUACACAGACUAUGAAAUCGUGUGCCGUACAAAUAUCCCUGCGUUCAAAAAGAAAUCAUCGCGGGUCAGAAGGCGAUACAGCGAUUUUGAUUCAUUCCGGAAGGCUCUCCAGCAUGAGACUACGAGAGUGGUGAUUCCCAAGCUACCUGAUAAGUCGAUCCUGACUUAUUCGCAAAGAUUCAACGAUGACUUCAUAGAGGAGAGACGUCAAGGAUUGGAGAGGUUUCUUAAUAUGGUGGCCGGUCAUCCGCUACUGCAGACGGGAUCUAAGUCCUUGAUCAGCUUCAUUCAAGACGACGUAUGGGAUAAGGACAGGUUUGUGUAG